GUUUGGAAACGAGUGAGAGGAGGCAGAAACUGAAUGAGAGGGACAGAGCUCAGCGGUCUUGGAGGACAGGAGGAUACUCAGAGGAGGAAAAAAACUCUCCAUCUUGUUCAACUACCGACCGGGGACCGCAGCACUUGCCUGUUUCACUUCGCAUGUAUGGCUUGUGGUGUUUGUGAGUGAUAAUCUGCUGCUCGAGUGUGUGGAGGUGACGGGUCCUGAACAUGCGGCGGCUGAAGGAGACUGUGUUCUGCGCGGCACUGCUGCUGCUUCUCUCUAUGUGCAUCCCAACGACACAUGCAGCUAAUGUGAUGGAUGUGUUGAGGGCACUAGAGCUGUCUGAAGACAUGGAGGGAGUUUCAGUGGAGGCCGGUCUGUGCACCGAGAGAAAGGGCACUUCAGAAACAGACAUGGCUUACAGGAUAGACAAGAAGAUUCAGCUCAGUGCCCCGACUAAACAGCUCUUUUCAGACUCCGCUUUCCCUGAGAACUUCUCCCUGAUGACGACGGUGAAGGCCAAGAGAAACUCUCAGUUCUUCCUGCUGUCUUUGUAUGAUGAGCAGGGGGUCCAGCAGCUAGGCCUUGAAAUGGGCCGGUCACCUGUAUUCCUCUAUGAAGACCACAAAGGCCAGCCGGCUCCAGAUCUAUACCCUCUCUUUAGGAAAAUCAAUCUUUCGGAUGGCAAAUGGCAUCGGAUCGCCUACAGCGUGGAGGGAAAGUCUGUUACACUGUACCUGGACUGUAAGAAAGUGCAGACGCUGGAAUUAAUGCGCGGAGACGAUCCUGUGGUCAGUACUGAUGGAGUCAUUGUGUUUGGGACACGGUUGUUAGAUGAGGAGGUUUUUGAGGGCGAGAUCCAGCAGCUCCUGCUCGUGGAUGAUCCUCAGGCUGCAUCUGACUACUGCCAAGAUUACAUUCCCGAUUGUGACAGUCCUUUGCCCUACAGUACACAGAAACUGGAUCCUGAGGAGGCCAGUCUUAUCCAUAACCUUGAUGACGUCAUGCAGGGAGAUGAGCCCGUGGAACCAAAGAAGCGCUCCAAAAAAGACCGCAAAGGCAAAAAGAACAAAAAAGGGAAAGGCAAGAAAGGCAAAAAAGAAUCUCGUAAGAAGAAAAAGGAGGCUGAAGCUCUUGAAGAAGGCUUUCUCGAGGUGUCUUCUAAGCUGCCAGAGUAUUUGGCUCAAGAACCUGUUCAAGAAACCACACCAGUUUUAACAAAGCAGCCAGAUCCACCUAUGACCGAGCAGAUGAAGACGCCAGUAGAGUCUCCAACAGUGAUGACUGAUCUGAUGGACUCCAUACCUGACAUGCCAACUCAUGAACCUGACACCUAUCAGGACAGCAGUCCCACUACAAAGCCUGUGACAGAUCUUGAGGACCAAAACGUUUUGGCUCCUGCAUUUUCUGAGUCCCCAAAGAUGAAGGAGGAGCAGGAGAGGCCGAUUAAAACACCAGAGGUCGAGGAGUUUAGUGAUGACCUUUACGGCGAUCAGCACAAAGUGCUCUCAGUCUCCACAGUGACAGUCGGCCCCAACAUCACUGAUUAUGAGGUCUUGGAGUAUGAGGAGUUUAAAAAUGCCUCAGACAGCCAUGAGCAGGAAUAUGAGGAGUAUGAGAUUUAUGAGGAGCGAUUUGACCACGCAGAAAGGGAGAGGCCAGACACAUGGGGUGGAGAGGGUGUGCGAUUUGCGAAAGGACAGAAGGGAGAGCCAGCUGUCGUUGAACCCGGCGCAUUUUUUCAAGGACCUCCCGGCCCACCAGGCCCACAAGGUCUUCCAGGAAUUCCUGGCAUCACAGGACCCCCGGGACCCAGCGGAGACCCAGGUGAUGUGGGUCCGGAGGGACGUCCUGGGCUGCCUGGUGCUGAUGGGAUACCGGGUCCUCCAGGCACUAUGCUCAUGUUACCCUUCCACUAUGGAGGAGACUCUCAGAAAGGACCCGUGAUUUCAGCUCAGGAGGCACAGGCUCAAGCCAUCUUACAGCAGACCAAACUUUCACUGAAGGGCCCUCCAGGUCCAUUAGGUCUCACAGGGAGGCCAGGCCCAGUGGGUCUUCCAGGUCCCAGCGGACUGAAAGGGGACAUUGGAGAGAACGGUCCCCCGGGGCCACGGGGGUUACCUGGUUCUGCUGGUCCUAAUGGGAAACCAGGAAAGAGGGGCCGGUCAGGGGCGGAUGGAGGGCGAGGGGCGCCUGGAGAGACAGGAGCAAAGGGUGACAGGGGCUUUGAUGGACUACCUGGCCUUCCAGGGAACAAAGGACACAGAGGAGACAGGGGAAAACCGGGACCCCAAGGCCCACACGGAGAGCCUGGUCACAAGGGUUCGGAUGGACCUGUUGGACCAAGAGGGCAACCGGGAGAACCUGGUAUAAGAGGACUUGUGGGGCCAAGAGGGCCACCUGGACCACCUGGGCAGCAGGGAAUUCAAGGCGUUGAUGGUGUUCAAGGGCCAAAGGGCAACUUGGGACCCCUUGGAGAACCCGGACCUCCAGGUCAACAGGGGAACCCAGGCAUACAAGGCUUUCCUGGUCCACAGGGGCCUAUAGGUCUACCAGGAGAGAAGGGCCCUGAGGGCAAACCUGGAAUCCAGGGCCUUCCAGGGAUUGAUGGUCCUCCUGGUCAUCCUGGAAGAGAGGGACCCCCUGGGGAGAAGGGACACCAGGGUUUAUCAGGAGCUCAAGGGCCGGUUGGAUAUCCUGGGCCUCGUGGAGUGAAGGGCGCAGAUGGGGUGAGGGGACUGAAGGGUAGCAAGGGCGAGAAGGGUGAGGAUGGUUUCCCAGGAGCCAAAGGUGAAAUGGGCAUCAAAGGAGACAGAGGUGAUAAUGGUUCUCCUGGAAGUCGUGGUGAAGAUGGGCCAGAGGGGCCAAAGGGUCAAUCAGGACCUCUAGGAGAGCCUGGAUCUGCAGGCAUUGCUGGAGAAAAGGGGAAACUUGGUGUUCCAGGAUUGCCUGGUUAUCCCGGUAGGCAGGGCUCAAAGGGAUCAGUGGGCUUUUCUGGAACAGCUGGGUUGGAAGGAGAGAAAGGAAAGAGGGGACCUGCUGGACAGGCCGGUGCGGAUGGCGAAAGAGGUCCAAAUGGUGCACGUGGGGGAAGAGGAGCACGGGGUCCAACAGGGAAGCCUGGAGCCAAGGGCUCUGCUGGUCAUGACGGCCCACCAGGUGCCACAGGAGAGAGAGGCCCUCAAGGACCGCAAGGACGCAAUGGAGAGGCUGGGCCAAAGGGACCAAAUGGCCCUCCUGGAAAGGAUGGGUUGCCGGGUCACCCAGGUCAACGGGGAGAGCCAGGAUUUCAAGGAAAGACUGGUCCCCCUGGGCCCGCUGGAGUGGUUGGACCACAGGGAAAAACUGGGGAGACUGGACCCACCGGUGACAGGGGCCACCCAGGUGCCCCAGGACCUCCUGGAGAGCAAGGUCUGCCAGGAGCUGCUGGCAAAGAAGGGACCAAGGGAGAUCCAGGCCCCGCAGGGCAGCCCGGGAAGAGUGGUCCUGCUGGGCGGCGUGGAUUCAGAGGAGAAAGAGGCUUACCUGGCAUUCUGGGCUCUUCUGGUCUGAAAGGUGGAGAGGGCCCCCUUGGUGUUGCAGGGCCAAUUGGUGCCACGGGAGAGAGAGGAUCCUCUGGACCUGCAGGUGCCAUUGGCCAGCCUGGUCGUCAAGGGGGUGUCGGUCCUGCUGGGCCAAUGGGAGAGAAGGGCGAGCCGGGUGAAAAAGGUUCAAUUGGCCCUGCUGGACGCGAUGGGGAACAAGGGCCUGUGGGAUUACCUGGACCUGCUGGGCCACUGGGCCCACCCGGAGACGAUGGAGACAAGGGAGAGACAGGUGGACCAGGGCAGAAAGGCAGCAAAGGAGACAAAGGAGAAGGGGGUCCCCCCGGGCCACCUGGGAGCCAAGGACCUGCUGGACAGCCAGGACCACCAGGUCUGGAUGGAGAGCCAGGGCUCCGAGGACAGCAAGGGAUGUAUGGCCCUAAAGGUGAUGAAGGUGCACGUGGUUUUAAAGGGGCAACUGGACCACCAGGGUUGCAGGGAAUGCCAGGACCCCCUGGAGAGAAGGGAGAAAGUGGCCAUGUUGGAUCUAUGGGCCCUCCAGGACAACAUGGUCCACGCGGCCCCCAGGGACCCAUUGGAGGAGAGGGUCCUCAGGGCAUGCCGGGCGCAGUGGGCCAGCCAGGAGUGGUGGGAGAAAAGGGUGAGGAUGGGGAAGCAGGGAAUCCAGGAAAUGUGGGGGAAACUGGCCUGGUUGGAGAGAAAGGUGAGGUGGGUGAGAAGGGGGAUAGCGGCCCCUCUGGGGCUGCAGGACCCCCUGGAAUCAGAGGCAUACCUGGAUCAGAUGGACCAAAAGGAAACCCAGGUCCCCUUGGAUUUCCUGGUGACUCUGGACCCUCUGGAGAGCCAGGUGUUAAUGGCAUUGAUGGUGGACCUGGAGCUAAAGGGGAUAAUGGCGAACCUGGUAAAUCUGGACCCCAAGGCGCCUCCGGAGAGCCUGGCCCUCCAGGACCCCCUGGACGAAGGGGUCAUGUAGGUCCUGAGGGAAAAGAAGGGAAACAAGGAAAAAAAGGGGCAAAGGGUUCUGCUGGUGCUGAAGGUCCUAUGGGAAAGACAGGACCUGUUGGACCACAGGGACACCCAGGAAACCCAGGUCCAGAGGGUUUGCGUGGAAUUCCAGGCUCUGCUGGGGAACAGGGGUUAAAUGGACCCCCUGGGCAAACGGGACCUCCAGGACCUAUGGGACCAGCUGGAUUACCAGGACUGAAAGGAGAUCCAGGCAUUAAAGGAGAUAAGGGUCAUGGUGGGCUGAUUGGUCUAAUUGGACCACCAGGAGAAAUGGGAGAGAAAGGAGAUCGAGGCCUGCCUGGGAUUCAGGGAAUACAAGGAACCAAAGGAGAUGGUGGUGUUGGUGGCCCCCCUGGCCCUACUGGCCCUCCUGGACCCCCUGGGUUGUCUGGUGCAAUGGGUGAUAAAGGAUCUAAAGGAGACCAGGGAGCCAUUGGUGCAAGAGGAGAUACAGGACCUGCUGGGCCACCUGGACCACCUGGCCCUCCAGCCACUAUGAUUGAGCCACUGCCAAUCAGAGAGGGGCGUAAAAAGCGAAGGAGACACUCAAACCGACAAGGAGCCGAGUCCAGGGCAGAGGCCGAGGAAGAAGAAGCGGUUCAGCUCAACAUGGAGGAUUUCCUACAGGCAGAUGAAGCUCUGGAUGAGCCGGAAGGCAUGGAGGAGGUGUUCGCUUCACUCAACUCAAUGAAAACAGAGGUAGAGCUCAUGAGGAAACCUCUCGGGACCUUUGAGAGUCCUGCCCGCACAUGCAAGGAGCUGAUGUUGUGUCACCCCGAUUAUAAAGACGGUGAAUAUUGGAUUGACCCAAACCAAGGCUGCCAUCGAGACUCCAUCAGGGUUUUCUGCAACUUCACAGCAGAAGGGGAGACCUGCCUGCACCCAGAUAAACGAUUUGAAAUGGUGAAACUGGCCGCCUGGAACAAAGAAAAACCGGGCAGUUGGUACAGCCAGUACAGAAAGGGCAAACAGUUCUCCUACAUUGACACUGAGGGAAACCCAGUUCCUGUGGUUCAGAUGACCUUCUUGAAGCUUCUCAGUGCCACAGCGAUGCAGACGUUCACCUUUAGCUGCCAGAACUCCAUCGGCUGGUAUGACAUGUCAAACCACAAUCAUCAACAUGCCUUACGGUUUCGUGGUAGCAACGAUGAGGAGAUGACGCAAGACAAAUCAGCCUUCAUUACUGCGCUUUAUGAUGGAUGUCAGACACGAAAGGGUCAAGAGACGACCGUUCUCCAGAUCAACUCUCCACGAUCAGAGGUCCUUCCGCUCAUGGAUGUCGCCAUAUCAGACUUUGGGAGUAACAACCAAAAAUUCGGAUUCCACGUUGGAACAGUGUGUUUUAAGGGCUAAUACAGAUUUGCCUCAUCGCACUGCUUACCAGCUAAAAAAAGCAAGAAAUCAAGGCUGCAAGUGAUAUUUAUUGAGUAAUGUGUAAGCGGUGUCUUUGUGGCAUGUUUUCAAAUGACUCUUGAACAUCUGAUGGGUUUCCAAAGCCCUCAAUUCCACGAUGGCUACGCAAGGAUGCCAACCGGGACCAAGUAAGCACAUUUAUCAAAGGGAAGAGUCUUUUUCUGUCUGUCUUUAUACUCUACUCACCUGUGGAUUAAAUUAUGAGGCGCGACCCACUAGAUUUCCGAGAACUGCUCCGACUGAAAAACAAAUGCAUCACUUCUCUGUCAUCCGCUCCGCAGGCCGCUUUAGCCCAUCGCGUGCUAUAUUGUUGAAUUUACAGCCUGUGACUCAGUUCUCAUUUGUUGUUUGUCUCAUUUGAUAGCUAUGAUUCGAAAUUAAUUUGCCACAUGAGGGAUCGGCUUCAACGUUGAAGAGUCAAUAUUUCGCCGACCCGCUUUCCUGCCUCGACUGCAACGUGAUGCCAACUGGGGCGAAGUUAUACCUCUUUACUAGUUUUGACAAGGAAAACACCACCCCGAUCUGCUUGUAAUUCCUCGCUCGAAUAUCCCCUGUCACAUCAAACUUGCAGUGUUACUCAUCUUUAAUCAGUGUACGCUCAUACAUAAACAAUGUUAAAUAAGGCCCGAGCUUUUCAAAACGCAAAGCAGUUUAUGUGCAUGACUCAAAUGGAGCCCAGCUGCUUAUUAAUAUGUAAAGUAGUGCGCUCACUUAAGCUGCUUGUCUUGUUAGCAGGCAGGCUAGUAUGUUUGCCUGUCAGUGAUCCAUGUUUCUAUGGUGCCUGCGUAUCAACCUUUGCUCCACACAGCUGAAUUGCUUUAUAUAUAUGUGUGUGCGUGUGGUAUUGAAUGAGAAUUCAUCGGGAGAGGGGCGUCAUAGCAGCAUUACACUGAAGACAAACUAAACAAUGCUUCUCUUU